AUGUGGUUCGCAGGGAUGACACUGGCGAGAGUGCACGUGCCCCUUGCAAGCGGCGUCGCCAGGGUGUCCCUCGCCAGUCUGCCGUCCGCUGUCCAGGGCGAUCUCUUUAUCGAGCUAGCCUCUGUGCGGUGGCCCUUUGUGCAGGGCCGCGCAGGACCCUUCCACUCCGGGGCUGGAGUCGCCGCGCCAGCGCCCAGCCUGGCCGGGGCCACCUCCCAGGGCGGCGCGCUGACGGCGGCGGCGGCGCUGGUUGCUGGAGCAGCUCUGGUGCUGCUGCUGCCCUUUGCCUUCUUGCGCCUCAGGCUUAAGGCCUACGGCAAGAUGGGCGGGGCUGUGGUGUUCCAGUGGCGCGCCGGGUUUGGCGGCCCCGGCGCAGCACGCGCGCAGCAGGCCGACGAGGAGAUGGCCCCCAUGGCCUGCACGGGGCGGGCCGGCCACGGGGAGGCCCCGCCCACCGCAGUCGCGCUGGGCAGGGCCUCCGCGACCUGCGCGCGCCCGGCGGGGCUCUAG